AUGAAGUGACCGACUCUGAAGAAGAGAAAGAAGAGAGCCUUGCCCUCGAGGAUAUGGAGGCAAAGAAGGAUGAGAAAACAGGGGCUUUGAACCCGAUUGACGAAUCCAAUAUUUCAUUACUUGUCUCACCGCAGAAAUUUCAUGCUUAUUUACUGAACAGCAUGAACAUUAGGGUUGAUGAAGACCUGAGCAGCCACUUCUUCGACCAGCUCAGAGAGAACGAAUCUGAAGAGGAAGAAGAGAAAGAAGACAACUACGACAAAGAUUCGUAUAACUCAGAUGAUCAGAAUUAUGAAGAAGCUGAAGGAGAAGGGGAAAAUGACACUAGAAACCAAGAUGAACAAGAUAUAUACCAAGAUGACGAAAGCAGCCGCAGAUCUGAUAGUAAGAGCAAGAACAGAAGCAAUUUUGAUGACCAAUCAAGUAGGAUGUACAAAGAGGAUACCAAUUUAUAUAAGAAGGCGCAGAGAAAGUUUGAAGACCCCUUCAAGCACCUACCCAAACCAGUUGCCGAUAUGAACUACUCUUCAAGCUAUCUUCAGAUGUCCCUAG